AUGGCGACCAACAGCAUCAUGAAGGACUACGUCCGCAGGCAGUUGCGCUACUGGGUGGACGAGCUCAAAGACGGCAUGCUUCCGCGCGACUUUAUGACUAAAUCCUUCACAAAGACGCAAUUGGUUCUACCUAAUAUUCAUUUAAAGCCACAUCGAGUCGCUGCGGUGUUGCAUUUGCCGUCGCCAUUGUUGGUGACAACUGUGCAUUGUAUCGAGCUCACAAUCGCCGUGCCGUCCUGGACGGAUGCGGACAAGGAGGCAGCGCACAAACCAGUUUUGAUCCAUAUAAACGAGUUGCUGGUUCAAGUGCAUAAUAUCUGCGAGUGUAGCGGUGAGCUCCGACGAGUUGCGGAAGAGCGAGUGCAAGCGGCUUUACUGGAGCCCGACCCGCUGGGAUCCACUGCCGCUAUGUUUGAGUUCGCACGGGAUGUGAAUGACCGAACCAAGCUCGUGGUGGAUAAGCUACGAGUACAGAUCUUUAUCGGAGGAGUCUCUCGCGUGGAGCUUGUUCUAACAGAUUUUAAUGCACGGACAGCAGAUGCGUUGUGGCAGGAUGUGAGGGAUCCCACGACUUGCGUGGAGUAUUCUCCCGACCAUUUGGUGCAAACUCGGUUUCAGGUGAUGUCAUUUUUGCUUAGUGCUGGGGUAAACGGUGGAAGUGUCGAAGGUGCAAUAAAUGGAGCACAAACGGUUCGCCUGCUGACAAAGGUGUCUGUAGUGAUACGAGUAACGCGGUUUUACAAUCGAAGCAACAUUGCGGAUUCAUGGAGGAGGCAAAUGCAGCUUGUGGAUGUAAAUUUUGGCGCGGUGAAGGUGGAGUUGGGGGUUGCUGAGCUCAUAGAAGUGUAUUCUAUCGCUUCGACACUCUGCAAUUGGAUUUUAAACAGUAGAAGUUCUGUAUCCACGCCAGCUGAUGGGAUGGCUGCUGAUCGAGAGCUUAUAGGAGCUUGUGCGAGCGGUAAUGAUCAGCCGAAUAUUGAGUUGCAGAUUACGUUUCGCGGCACGAUCGAAGCCAAGUUAAAAUUUACUUCAAGCACUGAAGGACCGCAGGAGCUGUUCCUCGUUGCUGAUCGUGCCGCUGGGAGCGUCAUUUUCCAUAGACAUGGAGCUCGUGAGCUGCAAAUGAGUCUGCAUGAGUUGGCCGUGAGAUUCCGAGGAUAUGUCGUGUUUCGAUUAAAGCCUGACCGAGAGGUUUUCCAUCUGGAAGAGCGUCUCGAUUCACUUUCGAUUAAGUGGCGGGUUCAAAGCGUUCUGUGUCGAAUCGAUGAUGAUCUGGCCACAGUGUUGACGGAAAUGUAUCGGCUUGUGAGCGACAAGGAGCAGGCUAUUGUGAUUCGGUGCGGAACGUGUCAUCAGCAGAUCAGCUUAGAUAUGAUAGACGUUCACGUUUGUCCACCUCAUAAUAGUAACAAGUCGCUGCCAGCGACGCCACUUGCUGGUCAAGGGAUCUGCAGAAACAGGUUUUCAGAAGCGGCGAAUGCAGAAAAUAGUACUUUGGAGACUGACGAAGAGGUAGGGAAGACUACACGAGUGAAUGGACCGCCGAAAGCGCACGUUGUUUUACAAAUGAACGAGUUGGAAGUGCAGACCGGUAGUCGGCUGGUGUUAAUUCUACUGAAAUUAUUUGGUGUACGAGGGGCUGAAGAGAUAAUGGGGCGUGAAGUGACUACCAAAUUUUCAAAUUUGCGUCUAACUACCGAAUCGAACGAGUUCGCAGGUGACAGUAUAUUUGUUCCUGCAUUACCGCUAGCGUUCCAGAUGCUUGAGUGCUCUUUGCAAGGAUGCGGUUGCGUGUUGAGACGCAAAGAAACCGCUGACUAUCAAAGCGCAAGCCCAGGAACUUUUCACGGCUACAACUUGCCUACUCAUGUUUUUCUGGAUAUCACGCAUUGUACUAUAACGUCACAAGAAUGUUUUGUAAAAGCUGACAAGAUUCAGAUACGAUCGAGGUUUUCGGAUGGUAGCCGCGUUUGUUCCUCCUCUCAACCUCAAUUGAGUUUUCAUGUAAACGUGGACAAGAUUCGCUGCCAGGUUGAUGACGUUUUCUUCAAACUGACACGAAGAGUUGUCGAACAUAUCGGUGGUUCUACAGGCAGCAAGAUUAAUUCUCUUAUGAUGACUCUAUUCCUUGGUGUAUUGCAAAUCCGAGCUAUCGAGUUUACUUUGCAAAAUGAAGGCACUGCAGAGGCACGUGCGAAGUCGCUGCUGAAGCAAGCUAUUGUGGUGUUCGACAAUCAGCUGGGAUUCCUCUGCACACAGAGUUCGUUGGAUUUCAAGACGAUUAUAAACUCACAAACGAUGAAGUUUGUACAUCGUAAAACCCCUGCAAGUCCAACAACUGAGGUUACUCCUCUUAUUCCACCUGAACUUGAACGAGAAGACGCUAGUCGAUGUAUUCAGCGUAUGGUGCGACGAAAGCAGCUCAUUCGACAGCAAGAACAACGUUUUGAAGCGGAUGAUUAUGAACCAGGCGUGCCAGAUGAUGGAAACGGUGACUCGCCAACGCGCUCUCCUCUUAAAGUAAGUUUGGGAAUUCCAAGUCCAAUCAUGGUUCUCGGCCCGGACAGUGACUUGAUCGGAGACAUUCGUGGCGGACUUACCAAGUUUAUGAGCCCACUAAGCCGAACACGUCGCUCAUCUGACAGCAUUCGAGACGGCAUUAACAAAUUGAUGAGCCCUAUAAGUCGCACUCUCACACCGUCAUCGAGUCUCAGGCCGAGACCGUCAGUCGAAUCAGUUGCUCCACUGGUGGAAAUUGCAGCGUAUAGUGUCACAGUGACUGAAGCAAGGCGACAUGAAGAUGAACGCUCAUUAUCGAAGAAGUCACAGGAGCUUCGACUGAACGAACUCAGCGAGGAGAAACUUGCUGCCCUCCCUGAUGUCGUUCGUGUGCUGGUUCAAAUUGGUGGAUGUCGACUCUGCGUUCCUAUUAACCCACGAGAAAAGAUUAACUAUCUGUGUCGAGAAAUCGUGCGGCGCUAUAACGAGUCCUUCGCAGCAGACCGUGACAGCAUUUCGGCCGUGUCACUUCAAGAUAAGCACGGUGGGGUUUUCUCUCCUUCAGAUACUAUAGGCUUUACGCUCUCUGUGGCUCCAAGCGAGUUGCUGUUUGCAUACCCGCAUGAACAUAAUGGCCAGAUCCGAUCCUUGGCUCGUUUAGCCGCAGGAUCAUCCAGAACCACUCGCUCAAGGAAUCUUCAAGACCCUAACACACCUCAACAAUCAAUAACCCGUGAACGUGUGCUUUACUCAAAGCUGCCACUGCCUUUGGCGAUUGCAUUGCUUGCAAACGAGUCGGAGCGCGAUUUGAUACGUUCAGGCCUUUGUGAACGAGCAAGUGACGGAGAAGCGUGGCCUGAUUUGGCGUUGAAUGCUGCUUCACUUGAUGCAGACAGGAACCCACUUAUAGUGGAGAUUGCGUGGCAUGAAGCGUGUAUCGAAGUCACGAAUGGGGAUGCAUUUGCACUGUGUCGACAGCUCUUAGGCCUCUGCACUUCACGAGUACCCAGCAAAUAUGUUGGCAAAAUUCUUCGGACCCGAUUGAUUGUUAAUUCAAGUAACCCUUUGGUCGAGUGGGCAUGCCGAAGGAAAACAGCCAUGCAUAGAGAAGCUGAUGUUGACAGCUCCGCACAACCAUCCGACCAGGAUAAUGCUUCAUAUGAUCAGCUCAAGAAAAUUAUUCAAGAUACUUAUGGAGUGUACACGCGAUGA